UCGGAGGAACAGGUUGAGACGUUAACAAGCUGCGAAAUCAUCCGACAUCAUACAACGCGGUUACACUACAAACACAAACUGGAAGGGCUGAGUGCAGCGUGGGUGCCCAAGGAUAGGCCGUCUGAGGCUGGGGAGCAGAGUGGCCGGUCCCCCCCGGUUAUGAACCACACCGAGGGAGGCCUGGUCAUCUUCAGCGCCAACUCACACCCUUCGUCCAGGGAGAUCAGCAAGAGGAUAGGAGAGCGUCUGGGGGUGGAGCUUGGGAAGGUGCAGGUGUACCAGGAAGACAACAGAGAAACGCGUGUGCAGAUCCAGGAGUCGGUUCGAGGCAAAGAUGUCUUUAUCAUCCAGACAGUGUCUAAGGAUGUGAACACUACCAUCAUGGAGUUGUUGAUCAUGGUGUACGCGUGCAGGACUUCCUGUGCCAGGAGCAUCACCGGGGUGGUCCCCUACUUCCCUUACAGUAAACAGUGUAAGAUGAGGAAGAGGGGGUCUAUCGUCUCCAAGCUGCUGGCCUCCAUGAUGUGUAAAGCAG